CUUUAAGUAGAAACGCUGUGGCUUUGACGUCAGAUCAGGGGAUUGGAAAAGAAGGUGUUGAGAGUCUCCUGCCAUACAGUCUUUCUGGAGCAAAGUGUUGUCUUUGUUGAGGUGUGAGAUAAUCGUCCCAAGCGAAAAUGACUCUAGAAGGAGGAAUGAAGUGCAUCAAGUACUUGAUGUUCAUAUUUAACUUCUUGUUUUGGAUCUCGGGCAUUGCACUCAUUGUGGUUGGUAUUGUGGUCCAGACCAAGCUGAAUGGCACACUGCACAUCACCAGUGUUGCUGCCUCUGGCGCUCCCAUUGUCAUCAUCAUAGUUGGCGUGAUCAUCAACUUUGUGGCCUUCUUUGGUUGCUGUGGUGCCUGGAAUGAGAAUUACUGCAUGAUAACCACGUUUGCGGUUCUUCUGGUCCUCAUCUUUCUUGUGGAGAUUGCUGCUGCUAUUGCUGGUUACGUUUUCAAGGACCAGAUUCGCGAUGCCUUUGAGAAGUCGUUUAAUAAUACCAUGGAGCAGUACAACCAGACGACUAGCAAUGAAGUUGACAAUUGGCAGAAACAGUUUCACUGCUGUGGUAGUGUCGACUAUCGUGACUGGUUCCCGCAGCUGAACAACACGGUGCCAGAUUCUUGUUGUAAGCAAGAAUUUAGAGGGUGUGGCAGGAAUACUAGUGAUUCUAACAUAUACAGGCAGGGCUGUGUGCAACUUAUUAAUGAUUGGCUUAAAAACAACAUUGUGAUCGUGGCAGGUGUGGCUCUUGGAAUUGCCUUAUUCCAGCUCCUUGGAAUUAUAUUUGCGUGCGUGCUGAUGAAAGGCAUUAAAAGUGGCUAUGAAGUAAUGUAGUCUUCAUCUCAACAGCCAAUGUUCAUUGAAUACUUUUCGUUUGUAUUUUUGCCACAACUGUGAACUUUGAUCACAAUGAAUAUUCUUUUGUUAAAAGAAAAUGAAUGUCUGUGCCUUUCUCCUUCAUUACUUUUGACAUAUGAGCACUAAAAUGUAACCAAGGUGACCCAGCAAAUGCUACUCAUUUUCUACCCCCUACCUGCUCUACAAAUGUCUUGUAUAGGCAUGUUUUUUUUUCUUCUUGUAAAAGACAUAUCCUGUGCCGAGGGUGCUUUAGUUUAUUCAACUGUACUGUAGGGGCCAUGAUUUAGGGUGGAGUUUCUCCCUCAUUUCAAGGGGGGACUUUCUGAUGAAAUGUUUGUCACCAGCCUCUGCAAUCGUCAGGCAACACUCCAUUGUGUUUGGUCAAGAGGCCACAGCACUUUCUGCAGGUCAAUCUGUAAAAUGUGCUGUCAGCCUUUUCCUGGAUAAUGUCCCCUUCACCUUUCUCUUGAGAGUUUUUUUUUAAGAGGAUAUUAAUGGCUUGUAAUACCACAUCCUGGUCACUUAACCUUGCAACUUUAAGCAGCUGGAUGACUCCCAAUGGAGAAGUUGGAGAUCACUAGGAGUAAUUUUUCUUUCCCUUACCAAGGAGCUAAUAUAUUUGGGAGUUCUGCUUCCACUUGUGUGUCCUUGGCCCAGUUAUUCACUUCUGCCCAGCUCACCCAUUGGAAGUGGUUUACAGUUCCACUUGAUCAAAAUUCUCCAAGGCAAUCUCCAAUAUCUAGGGAUGCAGAACCCUGAUGAGUUUCUUUCUCCUUUUGCUCUUUUUUUUUCCCCCCCUGAGUGAAACUUGUAAAGUUGCAACAAACAUCUUGCUAGAUUGAGGGCACAGUAACCUUUUCAUCUUGAUCAAAGGCUUUGGUUUGCAGUCUUGUCAGCCUCAAGGUGAAAGAUUGGCUCUGUGUUGUGGACCAUUGGUUUGACAUCUAAAAGCUCAUGGCACAUGAAUAUGGGAGCUGUCCUGCUGGCUCCAGUCAUGUUGUUUGAUCUAUAAACCUGAUGGGCAUGCCUUUAACACCUUGUUCCAUUUUCAAUUUCCCACUCCUGAACUUUGGCAUAUGACUUCACUUGAAAUAGGCAGUUGAAGUUUUGUCAAAGGUGAUCUGGGAAGGCAGGCCAAGACACUUUUUAAAUAAAAUGUUUUCUUUUUUGGUGUUUUUUUUUGGGACCAGGCUUUGGGCUGCUGCAAUGGUGGGGGGGCAGGGGUGUUUACUGUCGCCAGAGCGUGGAUGAAAAUGUCUUUAUUUUGGGGAAAUACUAAGGCCUGACAUAUCACUUCUUGAAGCUUAAGUCUGCAAUGUCAAUUGUGCACUUCCCACCAUUCCUUGCUCCACCACCACCUGUCUUGAUCAUGUUAGUGCAUUUAGUUGUAUUAGAAGUUGUUUCUCUUCAAAUUAGAUCUUGAGAGCUUCAGAGAAACUGCCAGCACCACACCCUUUUGCAUUCUGUUUGUGCCAUUGUUAUUUAGGAGGUAAUCAAGAGUUUUUGUAUAUUGAGUGGGGUGCAGUUUACUUCCCAACACCUUCCCCAAAGCCAAUUCAAAAAGAAGCCCUGUUCUUCUGUUUCAAAGGGCAUCCCAACUUCAAUUCACUGCCCCCUAUGGAAUAUGGGUGCAACCUCACCGAGGGGGUUGUCUCUUCACACCACAUCCUCAAACUCCAAAAGGGCACCUGCCAACAACAACUGCUUCACAGCUUUCUGACCACUCUUAGAGAGGAGGGUUGGGGAUCCUUUGACAGAAUUCUAAAUUUGAUGUAUUUCCUUUCCAGUUUGUCAGCAUGGAAAUGUGAUCGCAUGCUAUUUUCAAUAUGGUUCCUUGUUUAUUCAAGUGUUGAAUUUCUGAUGUUCUGUAUGUGGCAAAAUAAACAUUUUCUAGGUUGUA